AUGAUCUACCGAAAAUGGAGUCUGCUUUCCGGUCCACCGGUUAUCCUCGGCGGAGCCGUAGUUGCUGCAGUCGGUAUCGUAUUAUAGAACAUUACGAAAGGGGAGCAAAAGAAGAAUGUCUCACAAAACAAGUAA